AUGCGCCGGGGUAUGCUCGGUGGAAAGAAUGCCGCAGAGCAGUGGGUCAAGGGUGGCUUCAAGGCAAAGAUGGACCGCAAGGAGGCCAUCGCUAUCCUGGGGCUCAAAGACGGCCCGCAGCUGAGGAAACAGCUCAAGGACGCGCAUCGGCAUAUCAUGCUCGCGAACCAUCCAGACCGUGGCGGUUCGCCGUAUAUCGCUAGCAAAAUCAACGAGGCUAAGGACCUGCUAGACAAGUCGGAGGGGAAGGCGAGGUGA